CUUAAGGAAUUCCGGUUGAAUCAAUCGUCAAUCAAAUUAAUCAGAGUUCAGAAGUCGUUUUCAAUCACUCGAAGUGUCUCGAACCCAUCAGCCGCCCGUCUGCGGGUGUAUGUGUAUGUGUGAGUGACCAGUGCGUAGUGCGCCUCGUCCACGCGAGUCACGUCGAUCCGAUAUUCGUCACGCGCGCGGUAACGUCAACCGUCAACGUCAACAUCGGGGGAGCGUCGGGAGGUGGUAAACAGUAGUGAGCCGUCCGUCAGUGGCGCGCCGAUGACGCGUGUCAUCAGUCCCCGAUCGCCUUCCCGAUCGUUCUUCGUGUGCUUCUAUUUUAAAAUUCCGACCUAAUAUAUUUAAAGGUCACGGACAGCUUCGAAUCAUCGCCGAUCCCGAGGAGAGGGAAUCGGAAUAUUCGGAAUAACAAAAAUCCGAUCGGAAGCGCGCAACGCACGUCGCGCCACACGGUUCCCGCCGGAGACAGCUGGAGUACAGCUGAGGGCUCUACUGGGGCGAUCGGCUGUUAUAAUACGUGUUCGACGAGAUCAGACGAGAUCGUCGGAAGAUUCCUCGCGCGGGGAGAUUCCGCGGUGCGAGAACCCCGGGUAGGGGGAGAGCGUCGAGGCUCUCCCAGGUAUGUCAACGGCGGGUCGUCGGUGAAUUUCGUGGAGGGAGAGAGAGCGAGAGAGAGAGAGAGAGAGAGAGAACGACGGCGCGGGGAAACGGUAACCACACGACGAGAUAACCAAGCCGAUAGCGAGCCGAUGAUAGGCUUGACUCGUGUAAACACGGCCGCGUAGCGCAAUCAUGAACGACCGCGAUCCAGUCGGGCUUCGCGGACGAUCGGCGUUCGUCCGGUGAGGGAGCGAGAGGGUACCACGGUGCCCGCCUUAUCUGGAACACGAUGUGCCGCACGAUAAGACCGGCAGCGUAAUCGGGAACCUCGCCGGUGACUCACUUUUCGAUGUGAGGUAUACAUUAGAUCUGAAAUCAUGUAAAGUGGGAUGUCGAGCAGCAGCAUCGCCGCAGCAUAGUUCGUUCAGUUCGCGAAAGAGAAGGCGCAACGAUGGGUUCCAUCGCUCUGGAGGAGUACGAGUUGAUGAAGGACUCGAAGUAUCGGGUCUACGUGUCCGCUGUCGACAAGGCCCUGAAGAGCUUCGAGUACACGAGCGAAUGGGCGGACCUGAUCUCCGCCCUGGGUAAGCUCAACAAGGUGUUGCUGAGCCAUAUGAAGUUUCCUGUCAUACCAAGGAGAAUCAAAAUAUCGAAGAGACUAGCCCAAUGCAUGCAUCCGGCGUUACCCUCCGGUGUUCACUUGAAAGCUUUAGAGACAUACGACAUUAUUUUUAAGUGUAUGGGCACUAACAGGCUCAGCCAUGAGCUCUUCAUCUACAGCGCGGGGCUGUUUCCAUUAUUGGGUCACGCUGCUAUGAAUGUCAGGCCGUCAUUGUUAACGGUGUACGAGACGCACUUUGUGCCACUCGGCGAAAGGUUGAGACCGGGACUGAGUGGUUUCCUAAGCGGCGUUCUCUUAGGCCUAGAAGACGGAUCCGAUCACUUCGACAGAACUAACUCCUUGCUGGAGAAAGUGUGCGAGGGUGUGGGUGCGGAACACUUUUAUGCAUGCCUCUGGGACUGCUUGGCUUCGAACUCUGGCAUUCGAUUGCCCGCGAUAUCAUUCGUGCUGGCACAUUUUAACAAGAAACUGUCGAUGGAGCAGCAAAAAUAUAUUAUGGGUACUAAUACUAAAAUUAUGAUUUCAGCCUUGUGUGCUGGAGUGCAAGACACGUCGGUGCUAGUGCAGAGGAGUGCACUGGAUUUUCUGUUGAUAGGCUUCCCAAUGCACAACAGUCAAUUAGCGCGUCCAGAUAUGAUAUUGUUAAUAAGAGCUGCUUUAGUUACUAUAUUGCGAAGGGACAUGAGCUUAAACAGACGUUUGUUUGCUUGGCUGUUGGGCACCGAAGUGAGCACAUCAAUUUUAAAGAAGAAGAGCCUCGCGACUGCAAACACUAAAGACGAUGUAACGUACUUUGAUAUGUAUUCGAAGGAAAUGCUAGUCGAAGCGAUAAAAUAUCUGCUUAAAGAAGUGUGCGAGGAAAAUUCACAAGAUCUGAAGCCAUAUAGGAUACUUGUGUCGUUACUCGAUAAAGUCGACAUUGGACCAAUAAUUUUGGAUGAUAUUCUGUUCGAAGUGUUCAGGACAUUUUAUAACGCGUGCAAACAAACCGCGUCGAGUCACGCGCCGAAAGCGAACGAAGUGGUGAAGUCUGCGAACCUGUUGUUCUCGACUUUGGAACCGUCUUACAUCUGGAUACACUGCGGGCAUCUGUUCGAGAGAGCCUGUAACACCCGUGCGAAGACGCAGGUCGCGAUCGAGGACGUUGCUGUAAGACCGGUCGGUAGCGGAAUGCCGAAUCUCGUGGAAGUGUGCGUGCUGACGGAGUUCUUGCUCGAGACCGUGUCGUUGGACGCGUUCAUAGACACGCCGUCCGAACAUCUUCCUGGCUUAUUUUACGAAAUAACCAGCAAGCUUUUGCAUCACAGUGGCAUCCUGUCCCCGACGGAGAUCUCGAAGGGCCUCAAGUUGUGCGCCAAGAUCUUGUCGAAGGUGCAACCGACGAUGAUAACGGCUCACGCGGACAAGCACGAGGUGGACGUCAAGUUGGACACGUCUCUGAACAGCAUUACGGUACCCAGCGAUAAUUCCCUGACGGCGAUCCCUUUAGAGAAGAGCCAGUCGGACAGCAAGUUGAAUAAGCCCGAUACAUCCAGUAUCAUCCCCUUCGUGGAGAAGAGCCCGAGUACGAGAAGAAGAGCCAAUUCCGGCGGUGCCGCUAAAAGGAGCGAGAAGAAGUCGAAGAAGAAGGCGAGUAAAAGCACUCCCAAGUUAAGCGACACGUACACCAUACAGGCCGACGGCAGCAGUAUAUCCGUCGUGGUGAGCGAAGACGCGAAAUCUCUGCCUAGAAAUAAGAGCAUGGACGACAUUAAAGCGAGCUGCAUCGAGGCCGAUGGAAUCUCCUCGUCGAAGAAUCAGUCUUCGGACAGCCAUCUGCCCGCGUUGAAACACUUCAAGAACGUUACUCCAAUGGGAUCGACGGGAUCCCUGUGUAGGGGACCAUCUCCGGCGUUUCAGGCGCAGCACUCCAUGUUGGAAAAGUGCCUGCGGCAGUACGAGAUAUUUUACGUUAAAUUAAUUAGCAACCGGAUACUCAGCCGCGAGAGAACGGUGCAGGAUAUGUUCGAUCACUUAGUGGUGUCCUGCCCGAGAAAGAGUUUCGACGAGAGAAUGCGUUACCUGGAAUUCCUGCUGAAUUCGAAAUUAAACGUAGACGACUCCGGAUUCUUUAGCCAAGACACAUCCGUAACCGAGGACACCAAGUGCCUGGAUAUUUUUCACCUGUUCCUCGACGUAGCGACGCACUCGGAGUGGAUCGAGACCAUGAAGAUAGCGUCCAGCCUGUUCGUCGAACUGUCCACAUUUCCGAAGUACUUUUUGCCCGGCGACGACGUACUCGUGGAGGAGGAGCCCAAGUUCGAGCACGUCCUUCCAGAUUGGUUGAAGGUUUUAAUAGUCUGCUCCUGCUGGCUGCAGAGGCAGCCCGCGUUACAGCUAACGAGCAUCGCCACGCUACUGGACUUGGUGGCGUUGCUGAAGGCGCACAACGACGUCGAGACGCAUCCGAAGAGUGGCGAGGGUAUGACGACGGUUGUUAUCGUGCCUCUGUUAAAGCAGUGGCACAUAACUUACUUAAUGCACUAUACUAAUGUGUUCCAGGUAUUAGCACAUUCCUUGUGGAAUCAUUUGGGCGAGCUACCCACCCAUAAGUUCAGGAUGCGUUGCGUGGAACUGCUGCACGAAUUGCAUCACGCUUUAUACAAUUCCUGCGAUGCAGUCGAGGAUCUAAUAGGAUCUGCGCUCACCUUGGAGAAUCCCGAGAAGAGGAUCGAGGCCUUCGGUAGAUUCGCUACUUUGUGGCAUUUAGGACGAGAAAUCGAAACGAAUCCGAGAUUGCGCGGCUGCCUCAGAAUUUUCGACCAAUCCUUGUUGAAAAUGUUGGACAAUCUUCAACUUGCGGACAAUUCGCCGUUAAAGCUGCAGGCCCAAUCGUGGCUGCUACAUUCCCUGAUGCGCGGCGACAUAUCACGCGUAAUAGACCCCCUGCUGACAAUACUAUUAGAUCCAUCCACGUGUCGUAUGAGUGUUCUUCACGUGAGCAUACAACACAGUAAUACCGUCCUAACGAAAAACGAUCCCGUGGAGGAGAAGUCGGAGUCGGUCCAAGACGACACGGAGGGCGCCGCGAAAAUUUACGCGAUCAGUUCGGUCGAUGGCAAUGUGAUUUAUCACGUGAGCGAUAACGUGGACGAGGAUAAGAAGUGGAAGAAGGGCAGGAAGAAGAAGCAGGCGAUAAAUCCCGUGAAGAUAAAACGUAUCUUCGCGGUGACAACGCUGGCGGCCGGUGAUAACUGUAAUCACUACGUCACGGAGAGGAAUCAGUUCAUGAAGGAGCUCGAGGUACCGCCCAGCAUAUCCGGCAACAGGAAGAUUUCCGUGUUCGUGAAUCCUCUCUCGCUCAACUGUAACGAGAACUCGAAUGACUCCUUAACGGAGGACGACUCGCUGCCGAGUAUGCGUAAGACGAACUUAACGACGGAGUUGCUGAGGAACGCCACCCGCUUCAAGAAAAUCGACUUCGACAAAGGUUCUACUGCCAGUUUAGACGAGAGUCUCUUUGAAUCGGCGAAUUCCAGCGCGAAGGCGAAGGAUAAGAGUAGCUACAAGAAGCUGAACGACGAUGUCGACUCGUCGUCGGAUUCCAUCACCAACAGCUUGGACUCGAGCAGUCCCGAGGCGACGAACAAACAGUCGAAGCAGAAGAAGGAGACUGUCAUAAUGCCAGGCAGUUCCAGGGAGGUGGCGGGCACCAUCAUAAAGGGCAGGUAUUACAGCACGAACGAGUUCAGCGCGAAUUACGACCACGAUAUCGGCAGCUUCGAGGCGAGCGCGGAGGUGCCCAGCUGGACGAUGGACGACGACGACGGCGAGCUGGAUGUCAGCACCACCGCGGAGGAAUACUUCAGCAACUCCAGCACCAGUAUAGUCGAAGAGAUCCUGAACGAGGUGCUCGAUCGCGCGAUGCAACUGUGCGACAUCGCCGAACCACCUAAAAGCGAGGAGGUUCCGCAGCACAACGCGAAAACUAAUCGAAACGUCGGCCUGGGUGUUCACAAUCUUCACUCCCACAUGUUGCUCUACUGUGGGGUGUACGACUCGGCGAGAACGCUCUACGCUCUGCGUACCCUCAGGAACGAACUCUUGACGAACACGCGAAUGUUCCUGUGCUGCGCGGCAACGACCGGUGUAACGAACGCGACGAAGAACACAGUGCUGUUAAACUUGUUAGCGAGACAUAGGAAAAGUGUCUUCGGCAGGAACUUUCAUGGUGAUAUAGCUAACACGGAAUUCAUAGCGGCUUACAGGAGUAGCAUGUAUCUGGAAGUGUUGAUAAGCGUGUGCCUGUACUUUGCGAGAAGCUACUAUCCAAAUCUGGGGCAAAUGAGACUCACCUGCGAAGAGAUCGCGGGUAAUCGUCAGGUGCAACUUGCGAGUGCGGAGUUACUGACCCUAAUAUUUUCCGAGUUAAUCCCGAUCGUUCGCGACUCUGGGAAAGGCUUUAGUUGUUACAUAGUUGAUUUAUUGACUAAAUGUAAAGUACAAAAAGUUGCUCUGCACUGUCUUGUGUCCAGUGUCAUGAGUAUGAAGAACGCUCACAAGGAGAACGAAGAUGUUUUCACGUUUACGGAAGAAAUCGUAUUGUUUAAUGAUCCGUUUAUCGACAAUGAUGUUAACAAAUGUAAAUACAGAGCGAGCGAUCACACGGAAGCUUUCCAGAUACAGUUGUUACGGUUAUUAUUAACGUUAAUUAUGUUGGAGCAUCAGUGUAGUAGUCAGAAAGGAGAGGAAAUUAAUUCGACGACAUUGCCCAUACCAAGCUCACCGACACGGACAUCAAACUUGAUUGGAAACAGUUUGAAAUACGUUUCUGGGGCAGCAAUACCACAGCAACCGAUGUUCCUCGCUAGUAUUCUCAGCGCCCUGCAAUUAGAUCAUAUGAGACACCUUCAUCAACAUUGGACCACCCUUGUCACGUCCAGCCUGCCUUUUAUGGGACCGUCUUUAACAUCCGUUGUAACGUCAGUUAUUCAUCAACUGUGCAACAACAUUGAACACCUAGCGUCGUAUUACAUCAGCGAAGAAGCGACAUUGACGUCGAAAUUACAAGACAUAAGUACAGUGGAUUGCUGCUUGCCCGCAGAUUAUACUGUGACACAUUUGGAGGCUUUGACAUACUUGCUGCAUUACUGCCUACUGGACACCUCCCAGCAAAUCGGAUUCUCGUUUAACCAGCCAUUAAGCGGUACGAUACAAACGGGAAUUCCUGGUGCUAAUCCCGGGCAGAUAUUCAACAAUCUUAUACACGUCUUCAUGCCCAGCCCACUUUCUCCGGAUUUAUCCACCACGAAGGAUAAAAGUGGCGCGAAUGAGCUGCAACAACACGCCAGAAGAACAGCACUAAGUCAUUUGCCAAGAAUAAUAGCGUCAUUGUCUGCCUUGUGGCAAGCGGUUCUGGCGACAAAAGACAACGAACAAGCCAGUUGUGUGGUGGGUAGUCCGAGAAUCGUCAAAUAUCAAUUGUUGGAACUCCUGUCUCCAAUCUCUUUCCAUCACGGAGCCAACUUCUUGGCUGCAGUCGCGGUUGCCUGGCACGAAAGGCGCCAACCAUCCGCCGCAUCGAAAAAGAUACUUCCGGAAGCUUGCCCCAACCAGCAAGUAAUGGUUCACCUUGUCAGUGCGAUACGUGUCAUGCCCAUUGACACUUUGGUGCACACCGUGCAUCAAGUAGUGAAAACGCCACCGCCGAUACACGGAAUCAAGCAAGACUUCUCGCUGGAAGUCUCGGUGCUGGAAUUACUUUACGUCUACAUGCAGAGUAACACGUCGCAGUCGCUUAUCGAGUCCUGGGCAUCCUUGCUUAGCCUAUUGAAGGACGGUCUGUCGCUAACAGCGCCUGCCCAAUUUCUCUUGCUGGCUAUACUGAACGAAUAUGUACAAAAGUGCCCGCCCAUGCAAGAGAAGAAAGAUAUCAAAGACCUGCAAGACGUAUCUGCGAAGUUGAUCGAGUCGUGUUCGCAAAUAGCUGGUGCCUGUUUAGAGCAAACGACAUGGCUGAGGAGGAAUUUGGCCGUCCGCGAGGACGUUUUCGAAGUGGUCGAAGGUUCUUCGGAAGGCAAAGAGGGAAAAAAUGGUGCUGUAACACCCGGAACUCCACCUAACGCGGCGUACAGUGUUCAAGCGCAAGCGGUAUUAGCGGAAAUACUCGCGCCUCUAUUGGACGUCAGUUACGGUUCGCAGGAGAAGGAGCGUGUGGUAACGCUCCUGACAAAUCUCAUGUACAAUGUUACACCUUACCUAAAGAAUCACACGAUAAAAAAUAUCGCCUCGUUCACCGCCUGUUCGCAACUGUUGGCUUCCUUGUCGGGAUAUCAGUACACGAGAAAGGCAUGGCGCAAGGACGUUUUGGACUUGCUACUCGACUCGGCCUUUUUCCAAAUGAUACCUGCCUGUCUGCCGUAUUGGAGAACCAUAAUCGAUAACCUGAUGACGCACGACAACACCACCUUCAGAGAUUUAAUGAAUCGCGUUUCCAUGGCUCAAGGCAGCGGGAUCAGUAUAUUUUCUUCGAAGGAGCAGGAAUACGAGCAGAAAGCGCAGCUCUUGAAGCGUUUGGCGUUCGUCAUUCUUUGCAGCGAAAUGGAUCAAUAUCACAAAUACAUGCCGGAGAUACAAGAACGUUUAGCGGACAGUUUACGCCUACCUCAAGUAAUCCCGUCUAUUCAGGCGCAAGUGUUUCUCUGUUUUCGCGUACUGCUAUUGAGAAUGUCGCCACAGCACGCGACGUCUUUGUGGCCGGUCAUAGUUAGCGAGCUCGUUCAAGUAUUCCUGUACAUCGAGCAGGAACUGAAUACGGACAGCGAAGAGUUCAGUCGUCAUAGCAGCUCGCACAUCAAACUGCUGUCGGCUCUGGACUCGUCGUGGGCGGUUAACGCCAGCAACGGACUUCAGGCGCACGGGCAUCCUCACUGGUUGCAGCUGCAGCUGGCCGCCGCCAAGCUGCUAGACCUCGCGUUGCUGUUGCCCGCGCAUAGAUUACCACAGUUUCAAAUGUACAAAUGGGCGUUCGUCGGGGACGCGGCGGCAGGCUGCAUGGAUAACAACAAUUCAUCCUCGGACUUUGUGCCGCAUAUUACGAGAAUAGCGAAAUUGAUGGACAGUAAGUUCAAGCCGGAAGGUCCACCGCCAAAGAGGAAUCCGGGGGAGCUUCUACUGACGUCGAAUAACGUUCGCUCUUUGCAAGAUCUGCAUAAUUUCUUUUCGAGCCUUAGCCGUCGCGCCACGUGCGACACGUACGUGCCGAUAAAUAACACGCAACUGGAGACUGUAAUCGAGCAGGACUUCCUUGAGAAAAUGCCGGCCAUGCCAGCGAGAUAGUAAGGACGCUAGGGAAGCUAUAUAAAUAAUAUUUAUUCACAUCGGGAAGAGAUAUGUCGUUAAGACACUUUAUCCUUUGAUAUAUUUAUAAAAACAAAGAAUGUAUGCAAAAUAUCACGGAGAUUCGCCGCACUUAUAAUUCUAUACGUAAAUACUACAUUGUAUAAAUGUAGCACAAUUAGAAUACAGGCAUCCAGGAAACGCGCCACCUGCUCUCCUGUUUUCUUCUCGUCUCGAAGCGUUCACUUGACCAGCAAAUAAAAACGAAAAGGAAAAAGGAUUUGUAUUCCGUAUCGAUGAUAAGUACGAUAAAUUUGAGAACGAAUUUUAGUCGCACAAGAUAAAAGAAAGGCUAUGUCGAGAGCUAUAUUAAUCCCCUCGCAGACACAUCGAUCGUGAACGAAAUGGGAAAUUUCUUUUAUAGUUCAAAAUCUGGAAUGUGAAUCUGGGGCGCGUAAAAUAACACUCGACGCUUUCCAUCACUGGUUUUUUAUUGAUUAAGCUUUCGACCUGUCUCCUCAUUCGGUUGUGAAUAGUUAUCAUCAUGUACAAUGGAGCAAGCUAAACUCGCUCGUUGGCCUGCCGUUGUAAAAUUGUAUAAGAGCGUGUACAGUGUAACAUAAUAUUUAUACGGAACAAGGUCUUCCCGCUACUUUCUGGCACAUACAAACGCAUCCAUCGUAACUUUUCCCGCCGAUAGUUUAAUUUCUUUUUUUUUCCCCUUUAAAACCCCGCGUCAACUUAAAAUGACAGGCCGCAGGAAGUUUCUUCGCAGAUCCGAGCAGUAAACGCCGCUCUGAAACGCCGGCAGCGAAAAAUUAAUAACCGGAGAUAUAAAAAAAUUCAAUUAACGCCCCGUUUGUAAUACGAAGUGUGUAGAUAUUGAUUAUAUAUAUAUAUAUAGGAUGUGGAAGUUCAUGAGGUUUCACGGUGAAGCUCCAGGCGGGCGGAGUGAAGACACGUGAACGCACGGAGUGAGACGGAGAUCCGGUUAUGUUUUGUACCUGUAAUAGUUCUCGCAUGCGUCAUCGCUUGAUGGAAACGUAAUCUGCCUUUCGCCGCGUUAUCACGGCAGCGUUAUCACUCACUUUUGGACUUUUUGAAUCCAACCAGGGAAGCGUAUAUCGUGAAGACUUGUGAACUUCUGGGCUACGUUCAGAAAUUUCACCUAGGCAUUGCAUCUAGAUAUCAUUUUAUCGAUACGAUUAUUUACACAUUCGGCAUAACAAGGAUAAAACGAUAAUACCGUGAAUUCCUGAACGCAGCCCUGUCUUAAUUAUCUAAACGUUAAAAAUAUCGUCUCAAACGCUCUUUAUUUUAAUAACCGACUUUCUAUGUGAACCGAUCAAUUAAUACUACAUAAUGCAGCAUUAUAUAUAUAUACGCCGUAUAAAUGACGCGUGCUUGAGAUAAGAUGUUAUAUUUUUAUGAGAAAUUAGUUUCGUAUGUAUUGAGAAAGAAUCUAAUACCAAAAGAAUAUCUACUUGAUCCAGCGUACGCGACGUAUCCGUACAAGCUUCUGCACACAAUUAGGAACUAAAAAAAAAUGAAGAAAACUUAAAGAUAAUAUUGGGAUAUAUGACGACAAAAGUGUAUUGUCUAUUUUGCUCAAUACAAAUUUUAAAGUUGCACCGGACGUCUGUUAAAACGCAUAUUGUUACUACUUUUGGCAAAUGAGCUCUAAAAAAUUAUACGUUGCUAAAGACAUAUCCCUCCCUUUUUACUGAAGUGUUUUUUUUUUUAAUCAGUAAUUGAAUUAAGUAAUUUUCUCCCUUCAAUUUUGUGGUCAAUAAACAAACCAAUAUGAUAUAUGACGGAAUUACGUUCACACGUUGGUAGAUAUUUUUUGUCAAUAAUAUAAAUGACAUGCCAAUGAGUGCUUAAUGUAAAAUUUAUACUAUAAAUUUAUAUAUUGUAUAUAUUUAUUUCUAUACAUAAUAUCAACAUUAUAAAUUUAUAUUACAAAUUUAUGUAUAUCGCGUGACUUGUAUGUACUCUAAUAUAAAGCAAAAAAAUCGACGGCUUACACAGCGGAUUUAUUUUUUUAUAUGCAAACGCAUUUGGAAACCGUGCGAGCCUGCAAGUCACAUAUACAAUGUACAGCAAACGUAACGUCAAAUUAUUAGACACUCUAGCUCGAUAAAUCGAUUAACUUCGUUGUGUCUUGCGUUGCUAUCAUUACAGAGCGAAAUUAAUUAAUUUCUAAGAGAAUAAUGUUUGGUUUAUGUAAGGCAAUAUUUAGACCGAAGUUUACUACCCGGGCGGCUAAAAUCGUCGAGGUAGUACAAGUUCAUUUUAUUGCUUUAGUAAAAAAAAAGGGCUUGUGCAAGGAUCUAUUGUUUAUUGAACAUAAAAGAAGAUAUUUAUAAUCCAGUUAUGUAUAUUUAUAUAUAUUAUACGCGUUAGUUGUGUACGAGCAGUCGGCGAUACGAUUUUAGUAUGUUUAAUUUUUCUACGAAUUAACGUCUUUUUUUUUCAUACGACGGUCUGCGCGGUCUGCGAGUUAGGAUAGUCCAACUACGAGAACACCUUUCUGACUCACAGACCAACAGAUUAGUUGAAGUAUAGCUAUGUCGGAGAAGUAAUAUAUUUAUGUACCGAAGUUAUGUCGUUUUAUGUAACAAAUAUUCGACAGAUACUGUAAAUCACUGCGAUUUUGAGCAGUGCGCCCGCUUUUACCAUUAAUUCGUUAUGUUGAAAGAAAUAAAGAUUAUACACUCCAAGAAAAA